ACCACGGAGAUGGGAACACGUCUCGUCUGUGGCGGUGGCGGUCGCGAACUCUCGAACUCAAAAUCAGAACAACUUUUCAUCUGUGAAACGCUUAUGGUGUCAGUGAUCUACGAGUGGAUUUAACAACUCUGUGGAGUUUUUUUUUUCAUUGUGACUUUAGUUUUGGAGCUUCGGAAGUUUAGGGGGAUGCAAUUACCAUUUUAAUUUUUGGGGUAGAAUGGUUUGGGAUUAACAGUAGGUCGUAAAAACGGCAUACUGAGUUUUAGGUUUUGAGCGUGACUGCGACUAAACUGGUGUGUUUGUGCGAUAGUAGGUUAAAUAAAAAUGUGCAAAAGUGAUAAACCCCAGACUUAAUGCUGUAUUUUCUACUACUAAAUAAUUGAAUUCGCUCAGCUAAAGCUUCGAUUCUCUAAAUGUUAGAGACGAGUGAACAGUAGUCUGUCCAAAACGAUGUCAUUAAAGUGGAACAAUUGUUCAGAAGAAACGGUGGAGUCGAGUGUGGACAGUGACAGUCGGUGGUAGAGUGUGUGAUGGUGGUGGGCGUGGAAGCAUGACCACAUGGAUGGCGCUGUUCGGGCUAGUGUGGCUGCUGCGCGUGCGCGGCUCGCUGUGCGGCUGCGCGGCCUGCAAACGCGCGCGCAGCGACGCGGGCGCGGCGGCGGCGGCGGGGAGGGCCGCGGCGGGGGCCGCGGGGGGCGCGGGGGGCGCGGGCGGCAGUCUGCCGCGCUCGCCGCGCGCGAGCCCGCAACAUGCAACAUUCGACGUCGUCGCGCUCGAUACCUACACGCGUGACGUCACCGUGCAGACCGAUUUCGAUGAUGAAGAAGAUCUCGAUAAGAUCGAGCUGCAAAUCUCUGAGGAAUCGCACGUCAGCAACUACGAAGGCGGGAGGGAGAGUCCGGUGGGGCGGCGCGCCGGCCACUACCAACCGAACUGCGACGAGUCAGUGUGGGAGAGUGUGGAGGUGUCGCUGGAGCGCGGCUCGAGCGGGCUUGGGCUCAGCAUAGCGGGCGGCGAGACCGGCGGUGACGUCACCAUCACGCGGCUCGCCGCCGCCGGCGCAGCCAGCACCGACGGACGGCUGCAGAUCGGAGAUAUACUAUUACAGGUAAACGACGUGUCCGUUGAAGGAGCCCCGCACUCCGUGGCCGUGGAAGCUCUACAGAAGGCUGGGAACGUCGUCAGAUUAAGAGUGCGGCGAGCUCGGCGCCCGCGCAUCGUGACGCUGUGCCGCGGCGCACGCGGGCUGGGGCUGGGCAUCGCGGGCGGCGCCGACGACGGCGCGGGCGGCGACGCGGGUGUGUUUGUUUCGCACAUCGCCGUUGGGGGCGCCGCGCACCACGACGGGCGCUUGCGGCUCGGAGAUAAGAUACUCGCCGUUAGAGAUGAUGAUGGAAUAGAAACAUCGCUAAUAGGCGCGACGCACGCGCAAGCGGUAGCGGCAUUGCGUCGAACGGGCGAGCAUGUGACCUUAAUCGUCUUACCAGCCGGAUCAUUCCCGCCUGUUGCCAAAACCGCUCCGCUUUACUCAACGAGGACGCAGGCGACGUCGUGCUCGACGCUACACGAGUUACUGGAGGAGGAACAUUUAGAAAUACCGAGAUGCGUUCGCAUGGUACGUCUGGUCCGCUCAGGUUCUCGACUGGGAAUGGACAUUGUCGGCGGUCUGGGCGGGGAGGGGGAACCGAGUGGUGGGGAGGACGACACGUGCGGGGUGUUCGUGUCGGGGGUCGCGGAGGGGGGCGCGGCUAGUGGCAUGCUGCAUAGAGGAGACAGGAUCCUCAGUGUGGAUGGAAGAGACCUGACACGCGCGACCCAUGAGCAGGCUGCCGCGGCUUUAAAGCAGUACAGCGGCGCAGCAGUCACCAUCGCGGCGCAGUACCAGCCGGAGCAGUACGAGCGGCUGCGCGCGCGCAUCCGAGCCAUCAACGCCGGCGCCGAGCCGCGCGCGCCGCACCACGCGCACUCCACGCACGUGCCCGUGCACCCCGACCUCCAUGUUGUAUAUCCGAGGUAACAGUGGACUGGCUGUGACACCGACCAUUCGAUGAGAACUGAACCUAGCUAGUGAACAAUUUACAAUGUACUGUAUAAAGAUAUCAAUUUUAUAAAUGUUAAGUGGUAUAAAACCAAUUUUAUCAUCCGUCAUACGCUCCAUGGUUUGUACGCUUCUAGUUAGGCAUUGUAAAUAAACAUUGUUUUAAUUCGACAAUCGUCUGUCUGUAUGGAACUCUUUUCUUUACUAAUACAAAAUUGUAAUAACCAAAAAAAUAAAAAAUGUAAAUUAGAUUAGUCAUAGAUAUAUGUAUUAUAGGUUAACGAAAUCUAAUGAAGUUUUGGAACUGUGAUACUAAAAAAUAAUGUUAGUGUUAUCGUUGUACGGUAUGAAAUGAAAUUGAAUACACGACAUUGAAAAAGUU